AUGACUCUGACUGACCUUCACACCCACUCUCCAUCUGAUAAAGAAGACGCACUAAAGACACAUCCAGAACUCAAUGACAAGCUAAAUGUGAGCUCAGAUGGAGCUGAGGCUCGACGCAGACUGAGGGAAUGUGAGGGACUGGUGGACGCUCUGCUGCACGCUCUCCAAUCAGCUGUAGGGAAGAAAGACAUGGACAACAAGUCGGUGGAGAACUGUGUUUGUAUCAUGAGGAACCUGUCCUACCACGUCCACAAAGAGGUGCCAGGGGCCGAGAAGUUCCUGGAUCCCUCGUCGCUCCAGGCCCCCGGAUCAGCAGGACCACAGAGGAAGAAGAAAGACGACGCAGGCUGCUUCGGAGGCAAGAAGGCCAAAGAGGAAUGGUUUAAUCAAGGCAGAAAAAACGGUGAGAGCGACAAAAACUACGACACACUGGAUCUGCCUAAGCGCGCAGAGCCGACAAAAG